UUAAAUUGAGUUGACCACGCGCCGCCAUUUUAUUUUUGAAGCUCACUAUAAUCGAGUUUCGUAGAAAAACUGUUUUUGAGGUAGAAUUAACUCCCUGUUCCUUGCUUAAAAGACGUUGUCAACAAUCCAGUCGACGUGCUGCAUGUUUUUGCCUCAUUCCAGAAAAAAGGCAUCUUUGAUUGAAAAGUGUCCAGUAAUUGACUCUUGCUGGAUGCAAGAAACACUGUUGCGGACAACCCCCUGAGUGAAUGAGGAUGAUGGCUAGGUGUUAUCUAUGAAGCUAGUGUAACAAAAACAAAUCCUGAUCGCAGAACGUGAGGAGAAAGCAGCAUCCACAAUGAGUGGCGAUGAGACAGGGGCCGGUGAUGAGGAGUGCAGGAAAAUGCCAUCCACUAGGAGUAGGAGCAUAGAUGACAGGAAAACCUGCUGGGUCUGCUUUGCCACAGAGGAUGACGACCGUUUAGCCCGCUGGACGAAGCCUUGCCGGUGUCGGGGCACCACCAAGUGGGUCCACCAGAUCUGCCUGCAGCGGUGGAUCGACGAGAAGCAGAGAGGCAACAGCACGGUCAAGGUGUCUUGUCCCCAGUGUAACACCGAGUACAUCAUCAUCUACCCUGACUUAGGUUCCAUGGUGUACAUCCUAGAUGUCCUGGACCGACUCAUCUACAAAGUCUGCCCCUUUGCCGCCGGGGGUAUCGUGGUGGGCUCCGUCUACUGGUCCGCGGUCACCUACGGCGCGGUGACCGUCAUGCAGGUGCUGGGCCACAAGGAAGGGCUGGACGUCAUGGAGCGGGCCGACCCGCUGUUCCUCCUGAUCGGCCUGCCCACCAUCCCCGUCAUGCUGAUCCUGUCCAAGAUGAUCCGGUGGGAGGACUACAUCCUUCGCCUCUGGCGCAAGCACUCCCCGAAGCUGCCCUUCUGGAGCUACUUCUUCCCCGAGCUCGGGGGCGGUAGCGUCUUGCCCCGGGUGCCCACCGAACUCAUGCCCAUGGCCGACCCUAUCUCGGCUACUCGGGUCCUGUGCGGGGCGCUGAUCUUCCCGACCAUUGCCACCAUGUGCGGGAAACUCAUGUUUGGAUCACUUCACUCCAAUCUACAGAGGACAGUGCUGGGUGGAAUAGCGUUUGUCACGAUUAAAGGGGCACUCAAGGUUUUCUACAAGCAGCACCAGUAUCUAAGGCAAGCGCACCGCACCAUUCAAGAUUUCCCCGAAGAAAAAGCCCAGGGACCUGCCCAAUAAUUACCCCUAAAACAAAACACAGAAACAAAAAAGAACACCCACUGUCAUUUUUUAAGUUUCUUUAAUAAAUAGCAUGGUUAGUUAAGAGCAGUUGCAAAUCCCUUCAUUUAUCACUCUUGUCACUACUCACUAAUCAUCUCUGUCUGUUCAACCCAGAAAUUUCUCGUCGAUUACAAGAUCUUUUAUUUAAUGGUUUCAUUGUUUGUUUUUAUUAAAUUUAGACGCUAAUUGUAAAUACCGUGCUGUACACAUAGCUUUUGAAAGAUAUUUGUAAAAAAAAAAUCAUAAGUAUAUACCAAUUUCUAUUUUUUUUUCUUAAAGGCUAAUGAUAACAUUGGCAAUGAUUUUAUUUCAAACUGAAAGUGUUAGAAGCUAACAAGCGUACAUUUUUUUUCUCCACACAUCCUUAUUGAACAUUUGUGGAAUCGGUCGAAAAUGCUAAUGUAUAAAAUGAUUGCAAUGGUUUACACGUCCGUGACAUUGUUUUGAAAUGUAAUGUACAGAUAAUUAUGUUUACUGUUUUUGUUUUCAUCUGUUUGUUCUGAUUUGAGUUUAUUUUGAGCUACCUAACCAUUAGAUAAUGCCUCUUGAUGUGAACCUCUUUGAAUUGAAUAUGUAUUCUGUACUCAUUUUGUGGGGGGACUAUAUAGCUCCCCUCUGUUGAUCAAAGCUGAAAUUACCUACACUUAAUUUGUCACGUUCCAAUAAAAAAGCUUGUAUUUUUUAUAUUCUCAGUAAAUAUCUUUUUAAUUUCCACCCCCAGACAAAGGGUACAUCUACUGAAUUUCAGUAAUGAUUGUUGCUUGUACUGAACUUUGAGAUAAUGCCUCAAGCAAUUAUGGUGCCCUCCGAUUUGUGCACAACCCCCGCAAGAGAAAAAAUGAAGCAAGACUGAAGAUAAAAGUAGGCUUGGACAAUAUUUAAAUAAUACCGUAUGGUGAUGAUAUUUUCUUGAUACCGAACAAUACCGAACGAUGUCAGAAUACCGAGCAACCGGAAACACUCAAUAUGGAAUUUCAGUACUGCAGUAUUCCCUCUAAAAUCUGGCCAGAUGUGUUCUAAGUCUUUCAAAAAGGAGAAAUAGAGACAAGUUGGCCAGAUCUCAACUAGAUUUUAUAAUAUGUUUUAUUUAAUUGUUUAAAAGUCUUUUUGGUCUAGAUAGACAAAAAUUGUGAAGUUGGACUAAUAACCGAUACUUUUGCUUACUAGCAAUCCAGCUGGGCCUUUGGAAUUCUUCUGACGCUGCCUGUUUGUGGUUUACCUAUCACCAUUUGUCUUAUUUUAUUUUGAUGACAUGGUAGUCCUCCCAGAAAAGUACCCGGUAUUACCGAGCACCGCGAUAUUUCUGUGACGAUAUACCGUCAACUCUCAAAUUUCAAUACCCAACAAUCCUAAAUCGUGGAUGACACCAGGUUCUGUAAAGUUGCUAUGGUAAGCAUAGGGUGAUGGGAUAUUUCCAUUCUUCUACAUUGGAUGCUGCAUGUAAGUUAUACUUGAUUCAAGUCAUGAUGUCUGUCCUGUUGUAUUCUCAUAACACAAAGAGAACAAAAAGGGCAAAGGCAUCAUGUAAAAACUGAUAUAGGUUGUUGGCUGUUGGCUGGAAUCAAGUCUACAUAUUACUAAUUAGCCUCGACCUUAAAUUUUGCUAAAUUUCCAUUGUAUGUACAUGUACUUGUAGCUGAUAAGGUAGAGUUAAAUGCAAUUCAUUUCAAAAGUGCUUUGCUUUGUAUCUUAACAUGCAUAUAGUUUUUGUUUGUUGUGUUUAUAUUCAUCAGAAAUUGAAAAAUGCAAAGUAGUGUUAAGAUUUUAGCUUAUUUAUUGAUUAUAUAAAUACAUGUAUAUUUAAUAAUGCAAAAUUAAAUUUGACUUCCUGGAAUGCUUGCUCUAGGAAAGCGGUUGUCUAGCUUGGCCGAACUGCUAAGCGAAAGAUAUUAAAUGGAAACUUUAUGCGCUAAACCAAAAAAAAAAGCUGUGACCAGUCACAAGCAGCAUACAUUGCAUGUACUUUUAGCUGGUGCCCCUGCUUUCUUUUGCUAAGCUGGACGAUUCUUAUUACCACAUAGCCUAUUUUGUACAUGAUUUUUUUUGUACAUGAUAUUGUAUAUCGCUUGAUGAUAUUGGCCUGUGUGUUUCACGACUUGUUCUUCGAAAUCAGAUUGGGAUUUCAUAUUUCAUUACCAGAAAAUAAAAAUAUCCUUCAGAAAAAUUGAUAGCUUCACUAUCCUCUUAAUAUAAAUAGGCUUAAAAAAUUACUUGAUGCAUAGAGAAAUAAAUCCUUCACUUGGCCGAAGAUCAUUUCUAUUUGUAGUUUUAAUUCGGCCAUGUUUUUGCUCAAAUAAAUUUUAAUUAAUUUUUUGGGCAGACCAACAGAAAAAUCAGACGGCAAGUUUUUGAAAAGUACCUGUGCAUGGCUGUACCAAAAACAAAAAAUUAAAAAAAAUCACAUUUAAAAAAAAUAAUUAAAUAAACAGCCUGUGUUUUACUCAAAUACUGCUCCUUUUGAUGUCUUUGUAAUUUACCAACCUGAUUUCAUUUUCGUGUUUUUUUUUACAGAGAUUUGUUGGAUUCCAAAGAUUCACUUGUAAUAUAAUUUCCUAAAGUCGAAAAAAAUAAAUGAAAGAAAUCACAUUUUCUGUGCAUUUCUAAACUCAA